UAUUGACAAGACUUCGAGGGGAAAAGUACUAGCUAGUGCUCUCAUAACAUUCAUUUUUCAACGUGUUUUCCUCUCACUUCAAAAAUAAGCAUAACGCGUCAGUUUUAUCAAGGAUAUUACACAUUUUAUUCAUUUACGCCAGGUUUUAUGUUGUUUUUAUUUAUUUGCAAAGCUUCGUUUUUGGCGUGUUCUCAUCUGGAAGGAACCUGUGCGUACAUACGAGAAGGUGUAUCCAUUAUGCGCGCCUCUGUGCAGUGGUCUGGUGCGGUAAACGCCCUGUGAGAGAUUUCUGAGAGGUGGUGUCAUCUUUUAGGGCCAGAAGAUUCUAUUUAUAUUAGAAAGCUGCAAUCCCUUAACUAUAACUCAGCCUGAGCUGCUUGUAAGCUACCCGAGAGAGGCUUUCGGGAAUCAUAUGACCUGCUGCAGCUCAUUCCAAAGAUACCGGAAAGGGCGCUCGCUCCCGCAGCUUUUGCGCUCUUUCAAACCACAGUCUUCGGAAAGGGGUACAUCUGGAGGAUGUACAACACCGCAGGACAACAGAAAGACGUUGAAUGUUAGGAUAAGAAAUACUGCUCUUUGUUUGUAACGGAUAUAUAUAUUACAGUUGAGAAGGGACACUGAUAGAGCAAAAAAUGCCGGAGGAAAAAGUAUUUCACCAGCAGGCUGUCCACAGCCCUCUGGAGCAGGGUAAGCAGGGGAAGCAGGGCAGCGGUGGCAGCAGCUCUGUCCCCUGUCAGAACUGUGGCAAGGCCUGCAAGGGAGAGGUGCUGCGCGUACAGAAUAAACACUUCCACAUCAAGUGCUUCGUCUGCAAAGUGUGUGGCGUUGACCUGGCCCAGGGGGGGUUCUUUGUGCGUCAGGGGGAGUACAUCUGCACCCUGGACUACCAGCGGAUGUACGGCACGCGCUGCUUCAGCUGUGAGGAGUUCAUCGAGGGAGAGGUGGUGUCGGCGCUGGGAAAGACCUACCACCCACGCUGCUUCGUCUGUGUAACCUGCAAACAGCCGUUCCCUGCCGGUGACCGUGUGACAUUUAACGGUAAAGAGUGUGUCUGCCAAAACUGUACACAGCCCCAGUCUGCCAACAGCCCUGCACCCAUACAGGCUGUCCACAACUGCUGUGGCUGUGGGAAGGAGUUUAAGAAUGAGCAGUCUCUUGUAGCGCUGGAUAAACACUGGCACCUGGGCUGCUUCAAGUGUAAGGUGUGCAACAAGGUGCUCAACGCCGAGUACAUCAGCAAGGAUGGGAUCCCCUACUGCGAGGUGGACUACCAUGCAAUGUACGGCAUCCAGUGUGACAGCUGCAAGAAGUACAUCACUGGGAAAGUACUGGAGGCUGGGGAGAAACACUACCACCCGUCAUGUGCUCGCUGUGCCAGGUGUGAGCAGAUGUUUGGAGAGGGAGAGGAGAUGUACCUGCAAGGUAACUCCAUCUGGCAUCCUCCUUGCAGACAGGCAGCCAGACAGGAGGAGAAGAGUAAGAAGCAGGUCCGGAUACAGGUCAAUGACGUCCCUGAGCAGCAGGUGAGCAGGACAUCCUCUGAGAGCAUCACCUCUGUCCCAGCCUCCAGUGCGUCUGGCUCUCCGAACAGGGUCAUCUAUGCCAAACUAGGAGAUGAGAUGCUGGACUACAAAGACCUUGCUGCUCUGCCAAAGACCAAGGCGAUCUACAACAUCGACCGGCCAGACAUGCUCUCCUACAGUCCCUACGUCAGCUACCCCUCAGAGGAACGACACUACGGAGAGGGUGACGGAGAGAAGUCUCCUCGUCAGAGGAGGCCCUCCAGCCCCAGCUCCAACAGCUCCCUGGGGAAGUAUGGAGGGUACACCCCUUCUCGCUCCCCCCAGAACUACAGUAGGCCGGGGGAUCUUUAUAUGGCCAGUAAAACAAUGGGUAAUAGAUAUGGCCAGGCCCUUGACUCCAGCUCCCUCUCCCACCCCUCAGCCUACACAGGGGGGCCUAAGUACCUCUCCUCCUUGGCUAGGGACUCCUCCACCCUCCCCAUGGACUACUCAAGGGGUCUACCCCCCAAGUUCCCUGGGGGGCUGCAGGUGCCUGGGCCGUUGACACAGCCUGGUAAUAUGUCUCCCGGUGGCAGAGUCUCUCCUGGAGGCAGAAACUCUCCUCUGCCCCUUAACCCUACCACCCUGGCCAUGCUCCAGCAGCACAACUAUGUGCCCUACUUCAGAGGCCUCAAACAGGACCCCUUACUACCACCUGAAUCUCAACCUAAGACGUCCCUGCAUCUCAAUUUACCUCCUCACGGUCACGGUAGUGAAAGUGGGCGGAGUACCCCCAGUUUGUCCACGUAUUCCGAUGGCAAAUCUCCCUCCUUCACCUAUGUGGCGACUCCCAGGCAUUUCCACGUACCAGAGACUAAGGUCAAGAUAGAUAAUAUCUAUAGAAAACCCCCUAUCUACAGACAGCAUGCCUCUAGAACUUCCUGGCAAGAAGGAGACGACAUCAAGACAAGGACCAGUUGGAUGAUCUUGAAGAGUGAGAUAGACGGCGAGCCCCUCCCAGAGUACCUGCUGGACCCCAGGAAGUCUACCUGCAGCCUGCCCACUGACACCUCCCGGACCAACUUCCCAUACAAUAAGUGUGCUUCCCUGCCAGGAUAUGGAAGGAAUGGCAUGUACAAGGAGGUUGCCGACCAUGUUGAGGUUGACCCAGACCAGCAGGACUCCCACAGCUGGGGAGGAAUGAGAGGUAGGACCUAG